AUGAGGGUCAAUAUUUCAGCUGGCUGUGUUGUGUUGGCUCUCCUGUGUGUGCUUCUUGUGAGCGAUCUGGUUCUGCGUGAUGAAGAUCCGAAGGUUAGUGACGAUAAGCACUUGUUUUACAAGCGCCCACGCCCGCAUUUUGUUAAGGGAGGACGCUUCGGUGGAGGCAUUGGCGGGGGAGGUGGCCUAGGACAUGGGAUUUAUAGAAAGGGGUUUAAGCAUAGAAGAUUUCCUCGAGGCGGGCUUGGCGGCGGUAUAGGAGGCGGAGGUGGCUUUGGCGGUGGUGCAGGAGGUGGCUUAGGAGGUGGUGGUGGCCUUGGAGGCGGGGGUGGUCUAGGUGGAGGCGGUGGAGGUGGGUUAGGAGGUGGUGGAGGUCUAGGUGGUGGUGCAGGCGGUGGUUUAGGCGGAGGUGCUGGAGGAGGUAUAGGUGGAGGAGGUGGACUUGGACAUGGUGGCGGUUUAGGUGGUGGAGGUGGACUUGGCCACGGUGGGGGUCUAGGUGGUGGAGGUGGACUUGGCCACGGUGGGGGUGCUGGAGCUGGUGGUGGGUUUGGUGCAGGUGGGGGAACUGGAGGAGGUGGUGGGCUCGGUGGUGGUGGUGGACUUGGAGGUGGAGGUGGAGCCGGCGGUGGCGCUGGUGGAGGCUUUGGAGGUGGCGCAGGUGGCGGUGCUGGAGGAGGUGUUGGAGGUGGUGCUGGUGGAGGGGGAGGGUUUGGGGGCGGUGGAGGAGUUGGUGGUGGAGCAGGUGCGGGAGGAGGAUUUGGAGCUGGUGGCGGAGUAGGCGGGGGAGGAGGUCUCGGUGGCGGUGGAGGCGGUGGGUUCGGUGGAGGUGGCGGAGGUGGUUUUGGUGGUGGUGGAGGAGCUGGCUUCGGCGGUGGAGCUGGUGGCGGCAACUAG